CACAACAACAAAAUGAAAUACUUUGUGGUUUUCGCCUCUUUGUUCCUCGCCACCAACGCUUUAAGUCAAGAUUUCAUCGAUAAAUUCGUGGCGAAAGUAAAAUCGAUUGGCGAGACUUGUGUCCCGGAAACCAACGCUAGCAAAGAUGAUAUCAACAGUUUAUUGGAACGUAAAAUGCCAGAGAGUCACGAAGGCAAAUGUUUGAUUUUCUGCUUCCACAAACAAUUCGAAAUCCAAAACGACGAUGGGUCUAUCAACAGAGCGGGAGCUCUGAAAGCUCUAGAGCCGCUGAAAGCCGAUGAUGCCGAGUUGUAUGAAAAAUUUGUCACUAUUUUCAAAAAAUGCGAAUCGGCUCCUGUUGACGGAGAUUCCUGCAUUUAUGCCGCCAAUUUGGCAGAAUGUGCCGUCAAGGAAGGAAAAGCUGUAAGUUUUUGA